AUGUCUUCCUCAAUUCCUGCAACUCCUCAGAUAAAAGUAUACAAUCAAAGUCAUUCAUAUCUGACAACACCCAUACACUUUCAAUUAAUAGUGUUAACGGAUUCGGCGUUUGCUUGGGUGGCAAGUCACGGCAACGAAGUAUUACAGAAUUUGGCUGUUGCCAUGCCGCCAGUUUCUUAUGGAGGUAAAGAUAGUUCGUUGCCACCAGCAGCUACGACUUUGCUAACAAGAGACAUAGACGAGUUUUCAAGACAGUUAGGACAAAAAUUAGCGCGAAAAUUCAAUAAACAGUUCUUUGUGAGUCUGAACCUCUCACCAACAACCGAUCAAGCGUUGAUUGUAUUUGUGGAAAAGAAACUUAUAGCAUUUAUUAAAGAAAUAUUCGACCCUCCUUCGACGUCUUAA